AUGUCGAUUAAGGCUGACAUCGGUUUCUUCAUUUCUAUUAUAUUGGAAGCCAUAUAUAAUUUGUUUCGUUGGACACCAUUUGGUCCCAAAAAUUGUCACAUUGAUGGUCGUCUCGAUGGCAAAGUUUGUGUCAUUACCGGAGCCACGGCUGGUAUCGGACGUGUUGUGGCCAAGGAAUUGGUAGAUAAAGGGGCAAAAGUGAUAAUUGGGUGCAGAGAUGUAGAAAAGGGUCGCCAAGUUUGUGAUGAGAUUCUCAAUGAUAUGCCUACAGCACGGGUUGAGUGCCGACACUUGGAUUUGGCCUCAUUUGCAUCAGUCCGACAGUUUGUGACCGAAUUGGAUUCAGAGAUACAAAUAGAUGUAUUGGUCAAUAACGGUGCGGUUAUGAUGGUUCCCCAGUCCAAGACAGUUGAUGGCAAUGAUAUAACAUUGCAGAUCAACUAUUUAUCUCAUUUUAUGCUAACCUUAUUACUUGUGGACAAACUAAAGGCAUCGCCAUUGGCUCGUGUGGUAAACGUCGUGUCCGCCUCUUAUUCACGAACGGCACCAAAAGGUAUAAUAUUUGAAGACAUUAAUAAUGACAAUAACGAUAAGUGCGGCCAUUCAUCGCAUUUAUCGUAUUGCAGAAGUAAAUUGGCUUUGAUUUGGUUUAGCCGUCAAUUAGCUAAAAGACUUGAAGGGACUAACGUUCAUAUCUAUGCUGUUUAUCCGGGACUAUGCCGUACAUCAUUGGUCCGACAUAUGACUGGUUUGUAUGCAAUUAUAUUGAAAUCAUUUGGUUGGUUGGCUUUCCGAAGUCCUCAAUUGGCCGCUCAGACCAUUUUGUUUUGUAUUACCGAUAAAGAAACCGGACGUGAAAAUGGACACUACUAUAGGUGA